UGGUGUCUAAAUGUCCCAAUGAUAAGUUGGGUUGGUUUUUUUGUUCUUGUGGAGUGAACAAAAAUUUGUUUAUUUAAGAAUUUUGCAAUUAUUAAUCGCCUCGCUCUCUCUAUCUCUCUCGGGAUUGGGUCUCAAAUCUUUUUUUGUCUUCAACUGUUGGAAACUCUUCUGCUUUUGUGUUUCCUGAUUCAGCCACAUCCACACUCACAAACACAAUCUCUAGGUUUUUUUUUGAGUUUAAACUUUGAUUCUCUCCCUCAGGUAGUUUUUCUUUAAACUUUUAAAUUCCAAGUUCUUGAUUCUUGAUUCUUGAUAUGAUUGAUCUUGUACUGUGUUUCUUGAUUUUUUUUUUUGUUUACUUUCUGUUUUUUUUCUCCCUUCCUUUUUGAAAAUUCUCCUACAGAAAUGAAAUCAUCAAAAACACUUUACUUCUUUAUGUAAUAAUUGAAUCUUCUCUGCUUUUGACUCACUACGUUGAGCUACACUUCUUCUUUUUACUCUGCAUUUUUUCCAACCUCAAAUUAGGGUUUGUUUCCCUCCCAAUUUCACCUCCAUAGAUCGGGAUCUCAUUUUCCGACCAAAUUCAUCGAACUGAGAACUCACUGUGAUAAAACUAAAAAAAAAGGUGUUAGUUAACAAACGAAACACCAAUGGCGGUUUAUUACCCAAGUAAUGUCGGUUGUUACCAGCAAGAACCAAUCUUUCUCAAUCAUCAACAACAGCAAGCUUCUUCUUCCUCCGCCGCCGCUUCUUUCACCGUCACCGGCAGCGAUAAUGUUCGAAACGAGAUGGUUUUUAUCCCACCCACCACCACAGGAGACGUUGUAACAGGAAACGGUGCCGUUUCGAGCAGCGAUCUAAGCUUUCACGAUGGUCAAGGACUGUCUUUGAGCCUUGGUACUCAGAUCUCUGUUGCUCCGUUUCACUUUCAUCAAUACCAAUUGGGUUUUACUCAAAAUCCUUCAACUUCAGUCAAGGAAACGUCACCGUUUAAUGUUGAUGAGAUGAGUGUGAAGAGCAAAGAGAUGAUGUUGUUGAGUCAAUCUGAUCCUUCCUCUGGUUAUGCUGGGAGUGGAUUCUACAACAAUUAUCGGUAUAAUGAGACAUCUGGAGGGUUUAUGAGCAGCGUUUUGCGUUCUCGGUAUCUUAAACCGGCUCAGAAUUUGCUUGAUGAAGUGGUUAGUGUCAAGAAAGAACUAAACCAAAUGGGGAAGAAGAAGAUGAAAGUUAAUGACUUUAACAAUGGUUCUAAGGAGAUAGAAGGAGGAGGUAGUGGCGAGUUAUCGAAUGAUUUGAAUGGCAAAUCGAUGGAGUUAUCUACAGUUGAACGUGAGGAGCUUCAGAACAAGAAGAACAAGCUUUUAACAAUGGUUGAUGAGGUAGAUAAAAGAUAUAACCAAUAUUACCAUCAAAUGGAAGCAUUAGCUUCAUCAUUUGAGAUAGUAGCAGGACUUGGAUCAGCUAAGGCUUACACAUCAGUCGCUCUCAACAGAAUCUCUCGCCAUUUCCGUGCUCUUCGCGACGCAAUAAAGGAACAAAUUCAGAUUAUUAGAGAGAAACUUGGGGAGAAAGGAGGAGAGUCGUUGGAUGAGCAACAAGGAGAGAGAAUACCAAGGCUUAGGUAUUUAGAUCAACGGUUGAGACAGCAAAGAGCUUUGCAUCAACAGCUUGGAAUGGUUCGACCCGCUUGGAGACCUCAAAGAGGUCUUCCUGAAAACUCUGUCUCUGUUCUUCGCGCUUGGCUCUUCGAACAUUUCCUUCAUCCAUAUCCGAAAGAAUCUGAGAAAAUCAUGCUUGCUAAACAGACAGGAUUGUCAAAAAACCAGGUUGCUAAUUGGUUCAUAAACGCGAGAGUUCGUCUAUGGAAACCGAUGAUCGAAGAGAUGUAUAAAGAAGAAUUUGGUGAUGAAUCUGAGUUACUAAUCUCCAAAUCUUCCCAAGAACCCAACAGCACAAACCAAGAAGACUCCUCGUCGCAGCAGCAGCAGCAGCAAGAGAACAACAACAACCUCACUUAUUCAUCUGCAGACACAACAAACAUUGUCUUCUCAUCAGAAACUAAACCAGACCGUGUUCUAGGUAAUGAUAACGAGCCACAACAACCGCAAAUAAACAGGUCAUCGGAUUACGACACUCUGAUGAACUAUCACGGGUUUGGUGUUGAUGAUUACCGUUACAUAAGCGGAAGCAACCAGCAAGAAAGCAGAUUCUCCAAUUCCCAUCACUUACACGACUUUGUUGUUUGAUUGAUAGUAUCUGGUUCUUGGCACAGAGGACAUGAUUCUUGAAGCGCAAGAAAUGUGCUUCUGCAAUUUUAUAGUUUUAGGGAUAAUACACACAUUGUCUGUGGAAUAUAUAGUAGAUGUGUAGGUUGCUUUUGUGUAUAGUACACUCGUAAGCCAAAUAUUGAUAUGUGUGUAUAAGAUUCACGGUGGUAUAAAGGAUACUUGCAAGUGUGAACAUCGUUUUGUUUUAGUUGGAGAUCAAACUUUUGUGGUA